AGUUCUGGGGGGUGGGGGAGCCGGCACAGAAUUCCGGUUGGCGUAAGCUUGGUGGCGUCUAGAGGGGAGAAAGACGAUGGCGCUUUCCUUGUGAUGUGGCCGGCAGGCAGGGAGGGAUGGCGCGGCCUGGGGACGGAGACUUGGGUGGAGUGAGGACCGGCUCCCCGUGCCGCCCGCCUCCAGGAAGACCUUCGGCCGCAGGCCCCCGGCUUAGCUCCGGCGUCUAAGAUCUCCAAACCCGUGGCUCAGCCAGUCAGACAGCGGAGGGCGCCACCAGCGCGGGGCCAUGCAGUCCCAGGAGCUGGUCCGGUAUUUCCGGAUUCCGGAGCUGGCCGACUUCCGCCAGUACGUCCGCGGGCUUCCCGCCAACGCGCCCUUGGGCUUCGGCGCCUUCUCCGCGCUCACCGCCUUGUGGAACGCCAUGAGGCCCAGGGCCCCCAAGCCGCCGGGGGACCUCUCCCUGCAGUCGGUGGAGGUGGCGGGCAGCGGCGGCGCUCGGAGAUCCACGCUCCUGGAUAGCGACGAGCUCCUGGUGCACUUGUACGACGACGUCAGGACCGUCUACGAGGGUUUCCAGAGGGGCGUCCGCGUGUCCAACGACGGCCCUUGUUUGGGCUCUCGGAAGCCAGACCAGCCCUACGAAUGGCUUUCCUACCAGCAGGUUGCGGACCUGUCCGAGUGCGUGGGCUCGGCCCUGGUCCACAAGGGCUUCAAGGCCGCGCCCGACCAGUACGUCGGCAUCUUUGCCCAGAACAGACCUGAGUGGGUGGUCAUCGAGUAUGGAUGCUUUGCUUACUCCAUGGUGGCCGUUCCCCUCUAUGACACCCUGGGAACCGAAGCCGUCGCUUACAUAGUCAACAAUGCUGAGCUCGCCCUGGUGUUUGUGGACAAGCCAGAGAAGGCCAGCCUGUUACUGGAAGGCGUAGAAAAUAAGUCGACCCCGGGCCUUAAAAUCGUAGUCCUCAUGGACGCCUAUGAAAGCGACCUGUUGGAACGCGGCAACAAGUGCGGGGUGGAGAUCAUCGGCCUGAAGGCCCUGGAGGACCUGGGACGAGCCAACAGGAAGAAGCCCCAGCCUCCCGCCCCUGAAGACCUGGCAGUAAUUUGUUUCACAAGUGGAACCACGGGCCUCCCCAAGGGGGCAAUGAUCACUCAUCGCAACAUAGUGAGCGACUUCUCCGCGUUUGUGAAAGUGACAGAGAAGGUGAUUGGCCUGAACGUCAGUGACACACACAUUUCCUUUUUACCCCUUGCACACAUGUAUGAGCAGCUCUUGCAGUGUGCGAUCCUGUGCCACGGGGCGAAAAUAGGAUUUUUCCAAGGCGAUCUCAAGCUGCUUAUGGAUGACCUCAAAGUGCUUCAACCCACCAUCUUUCCCGUGGUCCCGAGGCUGCUGAACCGGAUGUUCGACAGGAUUUUGGGGCAGGCAGACACCACACUGAAGCGGUUGCUACUGGACUUCGCCUCCAAGAGGAAACAAGCAGAGCUUCGCGGUGGCGUCAUUCGAAACAACAGCCUGUGGGAUAAACUGAUCUUCCGCAAAAUACAGUCAAACCUGGGAGGGAAGGUCCGGCUGAUGGUCACGGGGGCUGCGCCCGUGUCAGACACGGUGCUGAUGUUCAUGCGAGCGGCGGUCGGCUGUCAUUUCUAUGAAGGCUAUGGACAGACUGAGUGCACAGCCUGCUGCUCGCUGACCGUCCCCGGAGAAUGGACUGCAGGCCACGUCGGUGCCCCAGUGCCUUGCAAUCUGAUAAAACUCGUCGAUGUGAAAGAGAUGAACUAUCUGGCUGCCAACGGCGAGGGCGAGGUGUGUGUGAAAGGACCAAAUGUAUUUCAAGGCUACCUGAAGGACCCGGUGAAAACAAAAGAAGCUCUGGACAGACAUGGCUGGUUGCACACAGGGGACAUCGGGAAAUGGUUACCGAAUGGGGCCUUGAAGAUCAUCGACAGGAAGAAGCAUAUAUUUAAACUGGCACAAGGGGAAUACAUAGCACCCGAAAAGAUCGAGAAUAUCUACGUACGGAGCGAACCCGUCGCGCAGGUGUUCGUCCACGGAGACAGCUUGCAGGCAUUUCUCAUAGCCUUCGUGGUCCCGGACGUGGAGACGCUGGGCCGCUGGGCGGGGAAGCGAGGCCUGGUGGGGUCCUUCGAGGAGCUGUGCCGCAGCAAGGAAGUCAAGGAGGCCAUCCUAGAGGACUUGGUGAGGCUGGGGAAGGAGUCUGGCCUGAAGUCAUUCGAGCAGGUCAAAGGCAUCACGCUCCACCCUGAACUGUUCUCUGUGGAAAACGGCCUUCUGACCCCGACAAUGAAGGCAAAAAGGCCAGAACUUCGGAAUUAUUUCAGGUCACAGAUAGACGAACUUUAUUCCACCAUCAAAGCUUAAGGGAGGAGGAACGGUCAGAAGAAGCCACACACCUCCACGAUCUCCUCCUCCGGGUGGCUUUCACGUUGGCGGUUUGACUACACGAGCAUAGGGAAUGGGGAAGGGCCUGCCUUGUUCGACUUGUGCAUUGGAUUCUUGUCAGGAAUAUUAGAGGAGGCGGGACUCUGCCUCACAGUCACCUCGCAUGGCAGAUCAUGUACCCAUGUGGUGAGACACCAUUUCCAAAAUGAGCCUUAACAAUAGCCAAGGGGAACUAUACAUGUGCUAGUUUAUCUGUGACUUCCUUAGUUCAGAAGGUGGAUGUGGAACUUCUGUCUCCCUGUUUUUCUAACCAAGGGACUAGGACUUACUAUUUCUGAAUGUCUGCUGCUUGCUGCAAACUCUGCAGUCGUUGGCUGCUCAGAAGAAUACGUGCACUGGAAGGAAACUGUCCCUUACAACCAGCCCAGCUGGAGAAUGUCACAACUGGACCAGAGAUCUUUAUUGUUCCUUUGGAGCCAAAGGUUCCCAGCGAAGUGCAGGACAGACCAAUUCAGGAUAAUAUAGAUACUGAGUCUCAUUCACGGGGCGGCUCCCAGGGUGAAUGGAUUCUGGUGCCCACGGGGCAGAGUGCUCUCGGGGCCUUCUCUCCAGACUCUCCCUCCCUCUGUCCCCGGGCUUAUGAGAAAUCUGCCUUACACUCGACAGUGAAGACAAGCAUUUCAAGAAAGAAUCACCUGACAAGACCAUGCUCAACUGUGAAGCCUAAGUAACUGUCCACUUCAUCUCCACUGAACAUCCCUCUGUGAUGGCCAACAGGUUUUUAAUGUGGUUUUCAUAUCAGAAGUUCCCAAUGUGAUUAGCUGGCUUUUCCCCAGAAUAAACUCUCAGGCAAGGCACGUCUCCGAGACGUUAAGGAAGUGCAUAGACGUGGGUACUAAUGGAAAUGGAUGGUAAUAAACUUGCUCUCCUGCCGUCAUG